AUGAAAAUACCUUGCUUCGAUUCUCGCAUUCAUAUGGCCCUAGUACGUCGAAGUGACGAGACUGGCAUGAGUGUUGAGCGCACCCUCUCUGAGAUCAACAACGAAAGACGUCGUCGAGGCCUCAAGCCUUUAAAACACGGACGUGGUCGUCAGGCUUGGUCAGACGAGGAGGACAGGUCACUCAAACACCUCAAGGAGGUGUUACAACUGCCAUGGGCAGCCAUUGCCGAACAUUUCCCACACCGAACCGUGGGAGGUAUCUCAAAUCACUACUUCGAGAUCAAGAACGAGAAACGAACAACUGACAUACCAACAUCCAUCGAAGCUGCAUCAGAGUCCACGUCGGAACCACCCAAACAAACAUCCACCAAAGACGUAAGCUACGACGAAUUCAGCAAAGUCGUCCACAGAAGAGUCCGCCGCCUCGCUGCUCACCUCGAAGUCCUUCGGAAGAGCCCAAUCACCCUCACCAAAGCCGGUAUGAACUACAUCAUCGAGACCCUUCCCAAGGAAUCCAAGAAAUCUGCUCAAGCCAUCAGAGCCCAACAGAUCUCUCAGGCCGAGAAAGCGAAGCGCAUAGUAUCUGUGAUCGACAAACUCUUGAUCAGGUUCAUCGCGGCCGCUGCGGGAGAGGAUACUAAGGAUGGUAAGGAAGCGUUGACAUCCAUGUUGUUCAGGAAGAGGAUGGAGGAGGAUGAGAUUCUGUUCGCCCCCUUGAAUGAUAAGGAGACUAAGUAA